GAGAGGUUGGGUUAAAUCUACAGUGAAAAACAGUUUGGUGAUUUUUGAUUUUGAAACAUGAGAGUUACUUUUCUCCUUUGGACAGUUAGUUCUCUGCCAUUUCAAUGCACCUUCUUUGACAUCAGGUUUGAGAAUGGGUCAUCUUGCGAAGGGAGAGUGGAAGUUUUCUACAAUGAUACUUGGGGAACAGUAUGCAGUGAUGGCUGGAAUCUGAAAGUUGCAGAAAUGUUCUGUUUGGAAAAUGACUGUGGAUUUGCACUAGCCGCCCCUGUCAAUGCCACAUAUGGUAAUGGGACUGGUCCAGUUUGGAUAUUUGACCUAUAUUGCCCUUCAGAUGAACAGAGUCUGGAAUACUGCAGUUUGAAAGGAUUUAAAAGAUCAAAUUGCAGUCAUGAUCAAAAUGCUGGGAUAAUUUGCUCAGGGAGUAAAUUCUUCGAUUUGAAAGAUGGAAGUGACAGAUGCUCUGGUAAAGUGGUGUUUCACGAUAAUGAUACGGCAGCUGUGUGCAGUGACCACUGGGAACUUACAGAUGCUCAAGUACUCUGCAGACAAAGAAAUUGUGGUUAUGCUGUGGCAAUAACAAGUACUGAGGUUAUCAGUAGAUGGAACUUUUCUAUCAUACUUAUUAAUGCAGACUGUAUUGGGACUGAAAAUAAUGUACUAUUUUGUCCAGGUAUAAAUAAUGCAAAGAAAACUUGUAAAGAAGAGAAGCAAGCUGGUGUCAUAUGUUCAGAGGCAGCUGUUGAUAUCAGAUUGGUCAACGGAAGUAACCACUGCUCUGGAAGAUUAGAGAUGUAUUACAAGAACCAGUGGGGAAUGGUAUGCGAUAAUGAAUGGGACCUGAGUGAUGCCCACGUAGUGUGCAGACAGUUAAGAUGUGGCUAUGCCGUAUCCGCACCAGGAAAUGCUCACUUUGGAGAAGGAGAUGGCCCAUUCUGGCUGGAUGAAGUGUAUUGCACUGGUCAUGAACGCUCCUUGGUCUUAUGUGGAUCUAAAGGUUUACGAAAGUAUGACUGUCAUUAUACCAAAAAUGCUGGUGUCAUCUGUUCUGAUGCCAAUAUUCCCAUCAGCCUGCUCGGUGGGAGCAACAGAUGUUCUGGAACAGUUCAGCUACAUUACAAUAACAUUCCAGGAGGAGUAACUAUGAGUAUGUUGCAGUAUACUAAACUGCCCACUGCCAACGUGAUCUGUAAGCAGAUGAACUGUGGACAUGGAGUGUCAGCAAUGCCAGGUGCUCGCUUUGGACAAAACCCUGGACAAGUCUGGAUAAAUCACUUAGAGUGUGAUGGGGAUGAGCCAUCAGUGGCAUUCUGCAAAUCAAAUGGACUUGGAGUAGAUAACCAUGAGCGCAGAGAAGACUUUGCAGUUAUUUGUUCAGAUUCAGAGAGACACAUCAGACUUGUCAAAGGGAGUGACAAGUGCUCAGGCAGUUUGGAGCUCAAUUACACUAACCAAUGGGAAGCCAUAUGUCAUGAAUAUUGGACAAUGACAGAAGCCAAUGUGGUCUGUAGAGAGCUGGGAUGUGGCUAUGCCAUAGAAGCACCAAUUAACUUUUCGUUUGGAGACGUAUCACAUUCCUUUUGGUAUGGUGAAGUCUGGUGUACUGGUAAUGAGCCAUCUCUGCUGGGUUGUAACUUCAAAACCAAAAAAGAUCACUGGUGCAACAGUGGCCAGAAUGUUGGUGCUGUUUGUUCAGAUCAUGAAAUCAGCAUCAGACUUGUCAAUGGCAGUGACAGAUGUUCUGGCAGAGUGGAGCUGUUUUAUAAAGACCACUGGGGAACUGUGUGUGAUGAUGAAUGGGAUCUGAAUGAUGCACAUGUUGUCUGCAGACAGCUAGGCUGUGGCUAUGCUGUCUCUGCGCCAGGAGAAGCCCACUUUGGAGAAGGCAGUGGAGUGAUUUGGAUGGAUCAGGCGUAUUGCAGAGGGAAUGAGUCGUCCUUAGUAUUGUGUGCACAUCAUGGUCUGGGAAAGCAUGAUUGUCAUCCAGAAGAAGAUGCUGGAGUGAUAUGUUCAGGUUACCUGCUAUAUGUCACUUCAACCAGUACAUUCUAUGCCAUUUACUCUGUCCUUGUCAUCUGUGGCCUGAUUGGAAUGAUGUCUGCUGUAUUUCUGAUAUAUGCUAAGACCAGACUAAAAGGUUCCUAUUGAAAAUCAAGAAGGAAUCCUCAUGCUGAAAAAAUACUUCAUGAAUCUUUCAACAUUUAUGCACCUCAACAACUAUUCAAAAGAAAUACAUGAAUCCAGGCAUCUGUCCAUUCUCUCCUCCCUUAUGUGGCCAUGAAAUGCUUUAAGUAGCUUUGAAAGUAGCAGCCAGAGGCUAUGCAGAAUUUUUUGAUUCAAUGUUUCUUUGGUUUCUUUUCUGAUCCAGCGUCUUUAAUUUAUUUAAAUCCUUAUAUUAAAAGAUUUUGACUUAUUUGCUAUAUAUGCACAAUAAACCUGCACUUUAAAGAGAAUGAAACAAAAUA